AUGGGGUCUCAACCACAAAACUUCAACCAUCCUUACUCCCCAUAUGACAUACAACUCCAGUUCAUGCGCGCUCUCUACACUUGCCUGGAAGAAGGAAAAGUCGCAGUGUUCGAGUCUCCGACCGGCACGGGAAAAUCUCUGAGCUUGAUAUGCGGUUCUAUGACCUGGCUGAGAGAACACAAGCGCAAGGCACUUCAAGACACCGUCAAUAAAGCUUCUUGUUCUGCAGGCGAUGAUGACGGCGAGCCCGAGUGGAUGUUGGAGUUUGCCAAGCGCGAGUCAGCUCGGGCAGUAACAGAGAAAAGAAGAGCACUGGAGGCUCGCUUAGAAAAGAUCAAAGUGGAAGAGGAGAAGCAGAGGCAUGCCCAUGCUACUGAUCACCCAGGAGAAGCUCGGAAGAGGCAGAGAUUGGAUACAUCGUCUGGUGACCCAGGUCAAGAGCAAGAUGACCAAUUUAUUCUGGACGAUUAUGAUAGUGACGCUGAAGAAAGGAUAACUUAUUCCAAGAAACUGGGUGAUAUCAGUGGACUCUCAACUAGUACACUUGAACUACUGGAGCGCUUCAAGGAGCAGUUCUCGGCUUCCGCUGAGGAUGAAACCGGACAUGAAGACGACGAUGUUAAAAUCUUCUAUUGUUCGAGAACUCACUCCCAGCUGUCCCAAUUUUCAAGCGAGCUGCGGCGCGUCAAAAUGCCUUCCAGCAUGCCAGCGGAGCUCAGCACAAGCGAUGCAAACACUGAUGACGCCGAAGAACGCGUGAAACAUCUUACUCUUGGUUCACGAAAGAAUUUAUGCAUAAAUCCCAAGGUGAUGUCCCUAGGAAACGCCACUGCAAUCAAUGAGCGCUGCUUGGAACUGCAGCAGCCUGGCGUAGCUGCCGAGAAAAGAUGUCCUUACUUGCCGUCAAAGGAGGAUGAAGGGCAGGUUCUACAGUUUCGGGAUCACACUUUGGCGACCAUUAAGGACAUCGAAGACAUGGGAAAGCUUGGUAAGCGGAUGGGAAUCUGUCCUUACUACGCAUCCCGCUCAGUACUCAAACACAGCGAGAUUGUGACCCUUCCUUAUCCCUUACUACUCCAGCGUUCAGCUCGAGAUGCCCUCGAUCUCUCGAUCAAGAAUCACGUCGUCAUCAUUGAUGAGGCCCACAAUCUCAUGGAUGCAAUAUGCAAUAUACAUUCAGUAACAAUUACGUUAUCGCAGUUACAGACUGCACUUUCCCAACUAACAACAUAUGCACGCAAGCACAAGGCGCGCUUGAAAGGGAAGAACCGAAGCUACAUCGCUCAAAUCAUCAGACUCAUCAGUUCGAUUGCAGACCAUCUUCGCUCAACCAUAGGAGAAAAUCUGCCUGCAGAAGGCGCCGUGGAUCCAUCAGAUUUAAUGGCUGGUAAAGGCGUCGAUCAAAUCAACCCGUACAAGCUAUCUCGGUAUCUACAGGAAAGCAAACUGGCCAGAAAGGUCGACGGCUACGUUGAAUUUUCGAAAGACAAGAAUCAACAAUCGGACGACAAACCUUCGUCACCUGUCCUUUUCCUUGUUCAGAGCUUUCUUUUACCAUUGAUGAAUCCCUCCGCCGAGGGCCGAUUUUUCUAUCUAAAGUUCCACGACGAUAUCCAGUUGAAGUAUAUGCUAUUGGAUCCGACGAACCAUUUCCGGGAGAUUGUCGAAGAUGCCCGGGCAGUGAUCUUGGCUGGCGGAACCAUGUCUCCUAUGAGUGAUUAUCGAAAUCACCUAUUUUCCUACAUUGCCCCAAGCCGGCUAGAUACUUUCAGUUAUGGCCACGUUAUUCCCCCAGAGAACCUCAUUGCACACACGCUUGUCAACGGCGUUCUAGGUUCCGAAUUUGAUUUUACUUACGACUCUCGCGAUUCUGAAAAGAUGAUUCUUGAUCUCGGACGGACUGUGGCUAUGUUGUGCCAGGCUAUCCCAGAUGGCGUCGUCGCCUUCUUUCCCAGCUACGAUUAUCUCAGCCGAAUAUUGGCCAUAUGGAGGAAGCCUCUUGUGGGCGAGAAGGGCCAGACUAUUCUCAGUCUUAUUGAACGAAAAAAGUCUAUUCUAUACGAAGGUCGGGACAUGGGCGCGAAGACGGAAGAUUUGCUACAAGAAUAUACAAGAACUAUUGACUCUGGCCAAGGAGCUCUGCUUCUUUCCGUCGUGGGAGGGAAACUGUCCGAGGGCAUAAACUUCUCCGAUAAACUGGGAAGAGGCGUGUUGAUCAUCGGUUUGCCUUUUCCAAACAUACGCAGUGCAGUUUGGCAAGCCAAGAUCCAAUAUGUCGAGCAGAAAACUUAUAACUCGAGCUCUGGGUCUGAGAAAGACAGGCUGUCAAUUGCAAAAGCAGCAGGGAAGGAUUUCUACGAGAACGCGUGUAUGCGAGCGGUCAAUCAAUGUAUUGGGCGAGCUAUCAGGCACCGCAAUGAUUAUGCUGCUAUUGUGAUGAUCGACAGGCGAUAUGAAAAAGCGAAUAUACAGGGGAAAUUACCAGCCUGGAUUAAGCAGAGCAUGCUGCGCCGCUCUGUACGACGGCCAGCUUCAGCACUCGCAGCGGAUCUGUCCAACUUUUUCUCUGGUCGGAGCUCUGGGUAA